AUGUCCCCCAAGAAACCUAUCUUCGUCCUCAUCCCGGGCGCCUCGCAGAACCCCUCGCACUACGCCCACCUCCUCCACCUCCUCCAAUCCGCCGGCCACGGCACCUUCACCGGCCUUCUCCCCAGCAUCGGCGCCACCGACCCCAUCACCGCCGCCGACGACGCCCACUACAUCCGCCACCGCCUGCUCCUGCCCCUACUGGACGUCGCCCAGCAGGACGUCAUCCUGAUUAGCCACUCCUACAGCGGGAUGCCCGCCAGCGCCGCCGCACGGGGACUCGGUCCCACCGACCGCGCUGCAGAGGGGAAGACCACCGCCGUGCUAGGCCAGAUCUUCAUCGCCAGCAUCCUGCCCCGCGGCGGGGACGGGUCGAGUGUGAUUGACGGGUUUGGGGGACGGUUGCCGCCUCAUAUCCAGUUUGAUGAAGAAGAGAACCUCCUCAAAUGCGCCGACCCCACUCCCCCGCUCUUCUACGAUGUCGAGCCCGUCCUCGCGGCCGCGGCGGCCCGCUCCUCCCUCAGUCAGGGGCAUACUUCGUUUGCGAGCCCGUGUCCGGCGGCGAGCUGGGCGACGGAAGCGUUUCGCGGACGGGUCGCGUAUGUCCAUACCCUGCGGGACCGCGCGGUGCCGUAUGAGGCGCAGCGGGCGAUGAUGGAGGCGACGGGGGUGGAGUGGGUGACCCGGGAGUUGGACACGGGGCAUAGUCCGCAGAUGUCGGCCGCGGAGGAGUUGGUGGGGGUGAUUUUGGAGGUGGCUGGACUGUGGGUGUAG